AUGGCAGAGGAAAUGUUCAGACCUCCAGUCAACCGCGCUAUGCGUGUCCUGGACCGCUCCUUCUUUCAAAAGAAAAUUCCCGUCUCUGCUGCUCGCGUUGUCGACAACAAAACUAUCUCAAAAUGCAGAUCAGAACUAUUCCGCUCGAAAGACGCCUUGUUGCUUGAGAGAUACCAGAUUGUGAGACCUGAUCCUACUGAGACUGACGCCAAAGCCGGCAAAAAGUGCAUCUUGUUGAGGCCGCAAGUCGACGACAAGGGUAAUUGUGCCGAUUAUCCCUGGAGCAAGACUGUAGCGGAACUUGAGAAGUCAAACAUGAUCAACAUCGUACCUUAUGAGAUCAAUCUUGACUACGACUACUGGGAUUAUCAGGACAUUGCCAGCGCUGUGCUGCCGCAGAGCGAAGAGCACGAUGAGAUUCCCUCCGGUUUUACUCUCGUCGGUCAUGUUGCACAUUUGAACCUCCGCGAGCAAUAUAUGCCAUACAAAAACAUUAUCGGCGAGAUCUUGGUCGACAAGAACCCCGCCGUCAGGACUGUUAUCAACAAGAUUGACGACGUUGGUGAGGAAAGUGAAUACCGCACCUUCAAGUACGAGGUACUUGCUGGACCCGACGACAUGGAUGUCGAGAUCCGCGAAGCCGACUGCACAUUCAAAUUCAACUACGCAAAAGUCUAUUGGAACAGCAGACUCAACACCGAACACCAGAGACUCGUCGAUGCCUUCGAAAAGGGCCAAGCUGUCUGCGACGUCAUGGCUGGCAUUGGGCCAUUCGCUGUGCCAGCUGGCAAGAAGGGCGUCUUCGUGUGGGCCAACGACCUCAAUCCUGAUAGUCACGAGAGCAUGCUUGAUGCCAUCAGCCGCAACAAGGUCCAGAAGUUUGUAAAGCCGUUCAAUGAAGACGGCCAUGUGUUCAUCAAGGAAGCCGCUCGUAAGCUACUGAAGACCGAACAUGAGGUUCAGAUUCUUGCAAAGCAAUCUCGUACAGAGGCCAAGGAGACGAAAGCGCCGCCAAAGGUCCUCAGGACUGUCAAACAGCCAAAGGUCUUCUCUCACUACGUUAUGAACCUACCUGCAACUGCCAUCGAGUUCUUGCCCGCAUUCUCUGGUCUGUACACUGAAGAGGACAGAAAGCUGCUUCCUGCCGGCUUCAAACUUCCUAUGAUUCACGUUUACUGCUUCGACACCAAGAGCGACGAUAACGUACAAGAAGGCAUCAGCAUCUGCAAGAAAAUCUCAGAGCAGAUUGGCUUCGAAGUCACACCGCAAACUCCCGAGCUCAGCAUCUUCGAUGUCAGAGAUGUUGCUCCCAAAAAGAGAAUGUUCUGUGCUUCUUUCCGCCUCCCCGAAGAAGUUGCUUUCAGACCUAGACAGUCUUUGCCUACAAGGUGA